AGCGCGCCAAACGUCCACCAACUCGUUUAUGGCACCGGGAUGACGUUCAGCCGUGAGUGUGGCUAGGCCGUCUCACCGGUUGCUCGUGAUUCGUGAUUUUAGGGUGGUAAUUGUGACUAAUCGGAUCGUCUAGUUGUUUUCUUUGGUCUCAAUCGGUCCGAGUCGAAGUUAGGAGUCAUUUCUGUGGUGAGCUCAUUGCUCGAACGAUUCGUCUGUACCGAUGACGCGCCUGCACAGUUGAGUGGUCCCGCUCAUCCUUCGUCAUCAUGGCUCUCCCCUCCCAGGAUCGCGGAGACCUCCUUUCAUCGACGGAGUUCCCGAGUCUUCCAAACGCAAGGCACUUCGUGGCUCGGCAUCUUCUUAUGCCUCUCAUCCUCCUAGUAGUUUUCAGCCCGCACAGCAGCACGCACGCCGGGGUGCAUGCUGGACCUUCGACUUGCUUCAUGGAGUUCGACUCAACGGCCAGCAAGCAGGGCAACUUUAGUUCCCCGGGAUAUCCAGACAACUACCCGGAGAAUAUAGAGUGCUAUUACACAUUCAAAGGUCAAGAGUCGGAGACACUUCGAAUCACUUUUUACGAAUUCGAGUUAGAAGAACCCUUCCAGAAGGGCUGUCUGAACGACUUCGUCGACAUCUCCACAAUCAGCGUGUCAAACGUGAAGCAGCUGGUAGGGCGGUUUUGCGGUACGUAUGUGCCCAUACCUCUGCAUACCAUGAAGCCACGCAUGGAGAUAAUCUUCAAGGCCAAUCACGCUCUAUCCGCAAAAGGGUUCUUCGGCCACUACGAAUUCACCGACGAGAGUUUCGUGCCACCUCCACCGUCGUCGAACGUGACAAACUGCGGGGGGACUUUGACCGGCGUCGGUGGGAUACUCGUCUCCCCAAAUUAUCCCGAUUCGUUCCCAAAAGACGUCGACUGCGCUUGGCUGAUCCGAGUCGAUUACGAGAAACACAUCUAUAUACGAGUUCUCGAGCUACAGCUCAAAGGCAGCAUCGCGAACUGCGGAGAGGCAGAACUCGUCAUUUACGACGGUUAUUCGAGCAUUGAUGUCAACCCAGUGCUGCUGAAACGAUAUUGCGGUGACCUGAAGUAUUACAAGAACACAGAGGAGAAGACUCAACUCUCCCGACGGAAUCGGAUCGUCGUCCGCUUGAGGACGACGGUCGCGUCCCCUCAGAAACACGAGGGUGAAAUCAUAGGCUUCAAACUCGUUUGGACGGCGGUCACGUUCGCCAACCAGUGUGAGCAGUUCACAUGCGGAAAAAGCCAGUACUGCCUGAAUACCGAGAGCGGAACUUGUAACACGUCCCUGACCAAGAAUUACUGCAUCGACCGAUCGUUGCAGUGCGACGGUGUACCGAACUGUAGCGGAGAAGACUCCUCCGACGAAGACAAAUGCAGACUUCCCUUGCUGGCGGGAUGCGGUGCAGCGGGUGGAGCGCUCGCGCUAAUCAUACUGAUCUCACUCACCUGCGUCAAGAAGGAUCGACCCUCGAAGAUGGAGCAUGAGCUGGACUUGACCAACAUGGAACGUUCGCUUUCGAUGGCCUCACGCCGAUACUCGAUGGCGAUGGGGCUCGGAAUGGGAGGCGCUCUGGGUCCAAUGAUCGACCCUCCCGGUGGAGCCUGCGUUCUUCACAACAAUAUCGGCAUGUCACCCUACGAUGAUGUGCUGCCGCCGAAAAUGGCUCAUUUCGCACCAGAAUCCUCAUUCGGCCGUAGACACCUCACCGAUGUCUGACUCGUCUGCGUCCGAGGGUGAAUCGCCGUGAUAUACAACGAUUCCCAUUUUCCUUCCUAGAGCGACCCUCUCUAAAUAUCGCAAUCACAGAUGGCUUACUGAUCACCAGAUCGUCAAGAUGGGGUCCUCGUCGCGGCAAUGAAACUUUUCGGAGAUUCCGGCCUCCCGGAGAAUUCCGAAGUCGACGGAGCCGAUGAGCGUCCUCUACGACGCAUUUUGGGAGUGUUCCUCGGAAGAUCCCCGGAAGAUGCAAGCGACCCAACCUCAAAUAGAAGAGGCGAAAAGGGGAAAAUACGGUGACUGAGAUUGUGUCUGCAGACGACUAUCGAAAGGACCAGUGCCUUUGCAAGAAGUGGUCACUUCUUCUGUUUGCUCCCAGACAUAGAAUUCAUAUUCGAACACAUGAAGCUCAUUUUGAGACGGGCAUAUUCUUUCUGCAUGAAAGCAGCAGCGGAUCACGAGAAGAUUUGAUAUGAUAACCUUAAGGCGGGGAACAUGUUUGUACAAAAGAUAAAGUUGGACCCGCCGCAAAGGUCCACAGAAAAAAAAUACACCAUAACGACAUUUGAUACGAGCUUAGCGCCUGAA